UUCGAGUUCACGGCUGCGUCGACCCCAAGCUAUCUACGUACCGGUACGUACAUGUAUUAGCAAGGCCACAAGCUCACACUACCAACGCUCACACACACACAAAACUCUACCGUAUGUACCCUCCUCCUGAGAUCUCACAAAGCAUCCCGUUACUUUAAGAUAGCUACAUUGCGCAAAGGUGGAACAUGGAAUCUCCAGAGGACGACGGAGCAGUCGCAGAGCCCAGAGUGGUUGAAGAGAUUAAGGAAACUCCGAAUGAGAGAGUCGGCGAAGUGAAGGAGGCGAAAUCCAUCCGAGAAAGUCGAAACGAGAGUACCAAAGAUUCUCCUGGUGCUUCGAUAAAGGAGACGAAAGAGAAUAGCAAGCUGAUGCAAUCUGCUACCGGUAGGGAAAAGAGUACAAAAGAGAGAAUCGCGGGCCUUCCAGAUGGCAAGGAUGUUUCGAAAGAGAAGCUGUAUACCCUCCAGCAAACUGGGACUAUCAAAACAUCCAACAAAGACGGCUCGGCAACCUCUCAGAAAUCGUCAAAUGUCGACGACGAGUUGUCAAAGCAGACGUGUGUGGAAAGUCAGUCGGAGAGUAGUAAUGGAAUUGCAGACGAGCGACCCACUGUUCACUCUUUGGUGAACAUUAUGGAAGAUAUUCAACCGCUGGGAUCGGCAUCCAAUUUAUUGAACAUGGCAGAAAAUACAUUCCCGGGGGCCUAUCACGUCACCGGAUGGGCACGUAGAAAUGGAAGUAGAAGUGGAAGCUCCUCGACGAUCCAAAUUGGCUGCAGUCUUCAAACCACGCCAAGUCAGGUCCGCAUCGAUUCGGCCCACUUGGUGGCUCUGGACGAAGAGAAUGCGUUGGUCGAGGUCGACACCGAGGGAAGUUUUCGCAGCACGCACACCGAGCUUGUUGAAGGACGUGUCAUCCGCGCUGGAUUUGACAAACAAGGCCACUGGAUUGGAUGGUGUGUAAUAUUUGGUUGUGCAGCGGUGGCAGUUGUCCUAAUGGUCGUCUUCCUUGGUGGAAGAUAGUGAGGAUGCUGGAGCGUGGGAAAUAAAUGGGCACUUCAAUUUUAAUUGUGGGAUUAAAAGCAGGAAUCUUGUGGGAAGCCUGAGGGAAUAGAAUGUUUGGGGCGCCUGGGAAUUCUCGCGCUACAAUCUUUGCUAAAAUGACGUAACAUGAAACCGAGACAUGCAAUACUUCCGU